AUGGUGCUAUAUACAGCAUCAUGGAGACUACCAACAAGAAGAAGAUUCAUUCGCUCAUUCUCUUGUAGUCGUAUUUCUCACGACAUAAGUCCGUUCGCUCGCCACCUUCUCAACAUCCCCAAAGCUCCGCCAUCGCAAAACCACCAUGAUUUACCUUCCUUCUUUGCAUAUGCAAAACAGACCGCUCUACCGGAAAGCACUACUACCUACGUCGGCACAAAAUACGAAUAUACCGUACAGUCUACUCUGCGCCGUUUCGCGUUUGAUCUAGAACGAAUCGGUGGUCGGGAUGAUGCCGGUAUAGAUCUUGUGGGCACAUGGCAUGUCCCAGGCCGAGAGCUCGCACCGUUUCGAGUCAUCGUUCAAUGUAAGGCGCUAAAGACGAAGCUCGGACCGAAUCUCGUCAGGGAAUUGGAAGGCGCAUUUCGGCAUUCACCUGUGGGGUGGCGGACGAGUGAAAAGGUUGCUAUACUGGUUAGUCCGAGAGAAGCCACGAAGGGGGUUAGGGAUACUUUGACACGAAGCUCUUACCCGCUUUUUUGGAUGAUGAUGGAGAGUGAUGGAUCAUUGAAGCAGGUUCUUUGGAAUUCAAAGGUGGAGGAGCUGGGUUUGGCGCCGUUGGGGGUGGAGACGAGGUAUUCCCAGGUUGCGGAUAAUGCAUCUGUUGAUCGACCGCGUCCGGAUGUUGGUCUGACGUGGGGUGGAAGUGAUAUCCCAGAUAUGAACUGUGUCGAGGAAAAAAUAUCGCAGAAGGAAGCCGAAUGGCUGUCUACUUGGGGUUGUCAGGGCUUGCCGGAGACACAGCGAUAUGAACUGCUCACAGUACUGGAGAACUCGUAUCCUGAAAUGGCACGAGAAAUACUCCAUGGCAGUGUCAUUGAAGAUUCCGAUGCAAAGAAAGCGCAGAUAUUACAGCUGCUAAAAGAUAAGUUCAAAUAUUAA